AUGAUACUCGAACCGAAGGACUUCCCGCAGAUGUGGCAAAAGCCGUCAAGUGAUGACUUACUCAGCACGCUGAAGCAACUGGAACUUAGCCCUCCGGUAUGGAGUCACAAGCGCAGGCGAUCUGAUAUCAUUCAUGAACAAGAGGCCACGGCGUAUUUCCGGCGCGAAGUGACGAUGUACCUAUCGUCCAUCAUCAAGAGCGGCCUCUCCUGGAUUGAGGACGAUGACAAGAAGGAGGAAGUAUGGUCAGAGGCUAGCCGCAGGAUGACGGAACGAUGUGGAAGAACCGCCAUGGGCGAGAUUACUCGGCGAUGGCCCUUUAGAGAAGAGGACCUCACGCCGACCUUUGAGCUCAUAAUCCGGGAGCCGCCCCUGACCGGCGACUCACUUGGUCUCAAGACCUGGGGGUCUUCUUACGUUCUCGCCAAGCACUUGCCAUCUAUUGGUUCGACAGCUCUCUUCCGGCUCUUUGACGAAUCUCUGGGCGAGCCGCGACCAUCUAUCUUGGAAUUAGGUUCUGGCACAGGCCUACUUGGACUUGCGGCGGCAGCUUUGUGGAAGGCUCAUGUAAUUCUCAGCGACUUGCCAGAUAUCAUGUCGAAUCUUUGCCAUAACGUCGAGGCCAACCGUGCCACGGUGGAGAAGCUGGGAGGUUCAUUGAACGCUGGUGCACUUACUUGGGGUGGCUCAGGGGAUGAGGAAAUUGAUCAGGAUCUCUUUGGCAAACGAAACCAGUUCAAGGUUGUCCUCGUUGCUGACCCCCUUUACGACGACUGUCAUCCAGGGCUUCUGGCAGGUGCUUUUUCUGAGCAGCUAUCAAUUGCAGACGAUGCUCGCGCAGUUGUAAUGGUCCCGCUACGAGACGAAACCACCAAGAAGCUUCUCAAGGCUUUCCGAGAUGCUAUGGGAAGCCAGGAAAACCCUCUACUAUGCAUUGAGGAAGGAACACUCGAUGGCCAGGAUGACUGGGGUGAAGACAAGGAGGGCACCGACGUGACUUGUUGGUGGGGAAUCUUUGCACGCAAGCAGCAAAUAUGA